AUGCGCCUUUUUACCCUCUUCCAGCUGGCCCUGACGUGGGCCGGGCUCUCAGCGGCUGGGACGGUCGAGCGGCCCGGAUACGAGAGCCAUAUUUACAAUGCUCCCAAAGCGGCCAACCAACAAGGGCUACUAGCCGACGCAGGAGAAGGAGACGCCGCUGGCACAUGGAGAUCGAACCUGCCGACCGUUCUCCGCGAGACGUUGUCUGCGUUAGAGGUCAUGCAGGAUACAUAUUUUGACAUCUUUACCGGCACCUGGCCGGCUGCCAUCGAUUGGACGGCGGCGGUGAUUGGUACACAUGUAUCCGCGACACUGGCCAGCAUUGUGGCGUCUCUUGAUGCUGCGUCGUCGUCGACCUGCUCGGAUAUGCUGACAUGGCAGAAUAUCAUUGACCGAUAUUUUGCCCACACUUCUGCGUUCUAUUUUGGCGAAAAUGCAUUUUCUUUACGAAAUCAAGCUUACGAUGACAUGCUCUGGGUGGUUCUCGGCUGGCUCGAGAAUCUAAAGUUUGCCGAGAUGUACUCCCUGAAGCAUUGGGAUUUCCUCGAGUCGGGAAGAGGUGCUUCAAUGGGAGAUGGCUGGCAUGGAUUGCAGAUCAUCCCCAUGGCCGCACAUCGAGCCCGCAUCUUCUAUGAUUUGGCGUCAGCCGGAUGGGAUGAGUCCCUAUGUGGCGGAGGGAUGAAUUGGAAUCCUUAUCUCACCCCUUACAAAAAUGCAAUCACAAAUGAAUUGUUUGCAGCUGCCAGCAUUGGAAUGUAUCUCUACUUCCCUGGGGAUAACAAUACCUCACCGUACAUGGCGCAGGAUUCUUCACGGCCUGUGCAACCUCAUGAUCCAUUGUUUCUACAAAAUGCAGUCCGAAGCUACAAAUGGUUGAUGCAGAGUCACAUGCGAGACCCUGCUUCAGGACUCUAUCAGGACGGGUUCCACAUUACUGGCUGGCGGCGAUAUCCUAACGGGACUAUCAACCCAGGUACCGGCAGAUGUGACGAGCUCAACUCGAUGGUAUAUACAUACAAUCAAGGUGUAAUUCUAUCUGCGAGCCGUGGUCUUUGGUUGGCCACGGGCGCACAAAGUUACCUCGACGACGGCCACAAGCUCGUCCAAGACGUCAUGCGGGCCACCGGAUGGCCCAACACCGAUGCCUCAUGGCGAGGGUUAGGCCGAGGCGGCGUGAUGGAGGAAGUCUGUGAUCAUGGUGGCUACUGCAGCCAGAAUGGCCAGACUUUCAAAGGCAUCUUCUUCCAUCACCUCUCCGAGUUCUGUCGGCCGCUGUGGCCCCAAGAAGAAGCAUUUCUGUCCACCGAAAGAGGAGUUGAUUCGGAUCGUGAGGUCUUUGAAUAUCAUCUUUCGCGCUGUGCCGCGUAUGACAAGUGGGUCACCCACAACGCAGAUGCAGCGGUGGCCACAAAGGAUUCGAAUGGGCGUUUCGGGAUGUGGUGGACGUUUGGAAAUGCCGACAACGACACGAUGAGAGAGGUUCUGGAGACGACGACUGUCCCUAGUGGCGCUGUUGACCACCUUAAUCCAAAGCCAGACAAUUGGCCGGGUCGGUCAGUUAAGCCUAACGAUUGCAACGAUCGAGGGCGUGGAAGAACUGUUGAAACUCAGUCAGGAGGGUUGGCAGUCUUGCGGGCACGCUGGAAUUGGGAAGUCCAUCUGAGACCUAUAUCCGACCGGAAUGCUUGA